GCUGGUGGCCCUUUCUAUCUCUCUAACAAGAUGGAGGGACAGCAUUCAUUCAUAAUUUAGAUCACUGGCUGACAUUCCAUGACCAGAUGAUGAUAAAAAAUUUAAAGAACAGCUCUUGGGAAGUUUGAUGAUGUGCUUGGGCCCAAAUGCAGUUAGUUGGCCACCUUUCAUUGCGUGUGCAGCAGCUGGAUGUUUGAUGUGAAACAAAGACAAAAGAAAACUGGGAAGAUUGGCUAUGAAUUCAUACAGAAACACCUCUCUGACUUCAAGGGGACAGGGCAGCCAGACCCAACUAUAAUUCCUGAUUUCCUUGUUGAGAUGAGAAUGAGGUGCCAAGACAGUAAUAGGACCGCCACUCAGCCUUCUUCUUCAUCCAUGGCUUUAUUGGAAAUUAGUGAAUCUGCAGUGGGGGAUGUCAUAUUUGCAGACAUUGUCAUCUUCAAUAUCAUCUGGGGUGAUGUUGAACAGUUGAAGAUGUCAGGUCUUAAUGUUCUGACUAGAUCUCAAGGUCUGGUCCGACGAAACUGCUCCUUGGCCUUGGCAGUCAAUGGAAUUGCACUUCCUCUAAGAUGCAACAAGCUCUGUUCAGGUAGCAGUGACGGAACAAUUCGGCUUUGGGACUGCCGUGCUGGUCAAUGUGCUAAUGUGAUUAACCUUGGUGGCAAAGUUGGAUCUGUUUGUAGUGAAGGCCCAUGGCUCUUUGUUGGCAUGCCAAAUGUUGUGAAGGUGUGGAAUACUGAAUCAGGUGCUGAAUACAGUCUCAAUGGACCUGUUGGGCAAGUCAAUGCAUUGGAAUCUAUUAAUGAUUUGCUUUUUGCUGGGGUAGAGGAUGGUGUUAUUUUGGCAUGGAAAGGCACUUAUGAAACUAACAUUACAUUUCAACUUGCCGCAACCCUUAAAGGCCACACGCAUGGUAUAACAUCUUUAGUUGUUGGAGGAGGCAACAGGCUGUACUCAGGUUCCAAGGACCAAACAAUAAGGGUUUGGGAUCAUGAAAAUUUGCAGUGUAUUAUGACAUUGAAUGGGCAUGAUGAUGUUGUGAAGUCUCUCAUGUGCUGGGAUAAGUAUUUGUUCUUUGGUUCAUUGGAAUGCACGAUAAAAGUUUGGGCUUCUACUGAGGAUGGCAGCUUGGAAGUAAUCUAUACUCACAGUGAAGAACAUGGUAUCCUUGCACUUUCUGGGAUGACUGAUCCGGAUGUUAAACCAAUCUUGUAUUGCUUUUGUACUGAUAAAUCUGUCCACCUCUAUGAACUGCCAAUAUUCACUGACGGGCAGAUUAUUUGCAAAACAAGAAAUCCAGACCCUUCAAAUGGGUCCUGCGGGCCUCUUUUUUACUGGGGAUCAGACUGGUUUGCUGACAGAGUAUACAUGGCUAGCAGACUAAUGGCUGAGACGUGCCCAAGACUAGUAAAAGCAUGGUUUUUAUUAGUUAUGGCAAACAAUGUACAGUAUUUUGAGUACAUUUCCAAUGUACAGUAAUGCGUAUUUUGAAUAAAUUUUC